AUGACGGCUCUCGAGGACGUUCAACGAGCGUCGGUGAUCGCCUCCUGUUCAGAUCCACUGCCUGAAAAUAUUCUGAGCCAAUAUGGUAACCGAGUUAUCAAAAUAUCCGAUCAUCAAGUUGUUAAAUGGGGGCCAGAUGUGACCAAAGAAGAAUUUGAAAAUCAGAGGCUAGCAUAUGAACUUGUGGACCGCUGCAAAGUUCGUAUCCCACAUGUGUAUGAUUUCUUUUGUGAUGAGAGAGGUUGGGGGUAUCUUGUGAUGGAGUAUAUAGAUGGAAAGGUCAUCGAUCCAUUAGAGGAUGUCUGCUCUAUACAAAGGGUUGCAAGUGUGCUUGAUUAUUUCUCAACGCUACGAUAUAACAUUCCCGGGUCACUCUAUGGAAGUACUUGUCGCGGCCUCCUUUUUCCUGAAACCGAGGAUGUGGUUUUCGACAGUCUUGACGGAAUGGAGAAGUGGUUCAAUACCCGACUUUUCCCGCACAAUCCGAAACUGACCUUACGGGACUCUGAGCUCGUGCUUUGCCAUUUGGAUAUAGCACCUCGGAAUCUUCUGUGGCAGGAAGAUGGCUCUCUGUGCCUUAUUGAUUGGGCAUCUGCCGGCUUCUACCCGAGGCUGUUUGAGUUUUGCAUGCAGUGGAUUUUCGAUGGAAAAGACGGCAACUUCAACUCCUGUUGA